UCCCUACCAACUGCAACUCGAAACAAGGUUAUAGUCACGAAGCUACUAUAACCCUAAUGGCACUGAUAGGAAAGGUGUGAAAAUUCUGAUACGGAGACUCGUGCAAAGCUUGACAGCUGCUUUAGAUAAACCAAGAAAGAUUUAACCAUUUUACAUGCAAAACAACAACAAAAACUCAAUUUUGAAGAGUUAGCACUCCGUGCAUUUUUACAAAACGCGUCGUUCAGUCUUGCAAAGCAAACAAUAUUGUGUUUUGGUUAUGUCUUUGUCAUGUUACCAGGGCGUGAACUUUGACAAUGGGGUAAAAGAAUGUUAUUGCAAAGAGUAUAUAGAAGAAGAAAAAAACAUUUCGGCUGCGGGGGUGUUGACAUCAUGCUUGAUUUUGUAAGAAAGUUUGAGCAUUCCAAAGAUAACUUGGCAGUCCAUGUGUCAGCACAAGUUUCGAAGUCAUUCAUUUUACAAUAUGAACGACAUAAAGAAAAGGUUGAGUCGAACAUUGUCUGGACCACGACGAUGCAAUAAGUGCCAAAAGAUGGUUUAUUUUUCAGUUUAUCGGUGCAAACAGUGCGGGGAAUUAACGCAUAAGCACUGUUUGUAUCAUACCAAUCAAGUUUGCAAACCAGGUGUUUCAAGUGACGGUGAAGGAAAUAGUUUGCCACCCCUCAUAAAACCUACUGAAUAUGAAGAGUGGCGUUCCCCAGCCAGUCCUCGAGUAUGGUGGGCACGUAAGAAUCGUCACAUGACAGACUCUCCAUCAUCCUAUGAUGCUGAAGAGGCUUACCAGAAUGAAUUAAGACACCCCAGUCCGGGAGCUGCUAUGGCCGGACUUUUAAAAAUUGUACAAUGGCUGUCCCAUCGAAAAAGAAACAGAAGCAAUGUUGCCAAGACGCAAGAAAAACACAUUAAAGGAAAAUACGGCCUUAAUCUGAAUGUUGAAGAUAAGCAGACGAAGAAGAAAUUAAAAACGCUUAUAAAGAAUUACCAAAGACAAAUGUAUACUACUGGCUAUUAUGGUCCACAUCCUCAGCAACGACAACAGCAUCAACCACAGUACCUCAAUAGCAACGGACAUAGCCAGCUAGGGAGACAACGUUUAAUUAACAAGAGACCAUCAGUAGUUAAUGAAUCAGGAAGCGAUAUUAUGUCCCCACGAAGCAGUGUUUCAUCUUAUAGUGGUAGCUCAUUCAUGUCACCUGCUAGUACUCCAGACAUUGACAAUGUUCGAGGAAGAAGAGAUAAGAUGGUUAAACAAGCAUCCAUUAAAUGGGAGCGUGACGUGAUAAAAUCACUGAAGAUUGCCAACAUCAGUCCUUCUAAUGCCUCUAGUCAGCCAACAGAGCAUCAACGCAGUGAGAGAUCGAGAUUCGCUUCGGUAUCUCCGAAACCCUCAUUAAGACCUAAUGAUACUAGUUGGAUACCAGGCGAUAAAGGUAGCAUUUUUAAUAAAAGAAGUGCUUUAGAUGCUAAAACAGCAACUAUAUCAUUUGCUCGACCACCCAAUCUCUGCAAAGCAAAGACAUUAAGUGUAGAAAGUAGAGAAUGCAAAAAUGAAAGUUUAUGUGCUACAUGGCCACCUGCAGGGAAAGCUGGAACUAUUUUAGAAGAAAUAGUCGAUGAAGGAGAAGUUGAUUGUAUUGAAGAAACGGAUGAAUCUUUUAAUUUUAGUGAUUUCCGCACUGAUUCACAAAAUGGUGAGGAGUCUCUAAGAGAAUGGUACAUUCCUUAUAGUGACAUCGAAUUUAAAGAAAGACUGAAGCACGGUCGAGAAGGUGACAUUUACAGGGGUCGUUGGUAUGGAGAAGUUCUCAUUUAUACUAUUAGAGAAACAAAUGGAAAAGAAAAAGAAAUGAAUCAAUUCUUAGACGAGGUUGCCCAGAUGGGCAUGAUUAGACAUGAAAAUAUAGUUCUUUUUAUGGGUGCCUGCAUAGAACCACAGAAACUGGCUGUUAUCACUAGCAUGCGGAAAGGACCUACGCUGUUUGAAUAUUUACAUUUAAAACGACACAGGCUACCAUUUCAUUCUAAGCAUAAUAUAGCUCGUCAAAUAGCUCAGGGAAUGGGCUAUUUGCAUGCAAAAGGUAUAGUUCACCAGAAACUUAAUUCCAAAAAUAUUAUAUUAGAAUGCAGAGUCAAAUUAAGCAUAAUGGACCAUGGGAUGUCAAAUAAGUUGUUAGAUAGGCCUGAUUAUGGCUGUAUAUCACGUGGUCAUUUGAGCUAUAUUAGUCCAGAGUUGAUGUCUUCCUUACAGAUUGAGCCACCACGUAUUUACACUACAAAACCCUAUACUCAAGAAUCUGAUAUAUUUGCCUUUGGAUCCUUAUUAUAUGAACUACUAGCUGAGAGAUUUGCUUUUCAAGAACAACCACCACAUGCAGUGAUUUAUCAAAUCUCAAUCGGCAGAAUUGCACCACUGCACAAUUUUCGAUUUAUAAAUGGACUAAAGGAUUUAAUCAAACGAUGUUGGUCAUGGAAGACUGAAAAACGGCCUCCAUUUUCAGAAAUUGUACAUAUUUUACAAGAAAACGUAUCCCAUCAUCGAAGGCACAGUUGUUCAGAACCAGAUUUAUUGCAUUACAGUAGCCAAGCAAGCGGACGAAGUCUUUGCACCUAGGAUUAUGAUACACGCUAUAGAACAAAACUUUGUUCUAAAGAUUUCGUACCAAGAUAGUGAUUUCUAUUAAAAUAUUUCAUAGCGAACCUAAUGAGAACAAUUUUUAAUCCCUCCCAACGAAAAUUCUAUGCAGAGCACUUUUUCCUGUGCCUAUGGUCAACAUUUCGCAAGGUUUAUGUCAAUUCCUAGCAAAUGGGCCGUGAUAUAAAAAAUUUAGUUAUGCAAUUCUAUGAACAACAUUUAAAUGUCGGUUGAUUUCAGGCUAGUGAGAUGUAUUUCCAUUUAUAUCAUUUCAACUUAAUGCAAAGAUCAAGAUUAUGUGUGUGAUAAAACAUUUGAUUAUUAGGACAUGAACAAAUUUGAUUCUGUUAAGCUAUAGUAAUUUGAUUUCUCGUAGUGAGGAAUCUAAAGUAACAGUCAUUUGAACUGGAACUCAUUCUGUGCGAAUAUUUUGCGCAGAAUGCAAAUUUGUCGACGAAUCUUCCAUUAGCUUUAAUCAUACUGAAAUGUACAAGAUUUACUCUAUACUGUACAAUUUUAAAACUGUUGGACUGCAACUUGCUUUUGAUUUUAAUCAUAAUGUUUAUCUGUUUUAUUCAAAUUGCUUCAUAAGUAUAUAUGGAAACAACUUGCAAAUAAUUAUUGAUUUCUAGAAUAAAUCAUUUCCAUGUUUGUUUUAUUAUGAGCCAAGAUGCAACAUAAAUGUCAAUUAUUUUAUUCUGUUUAUUGGUGCAAAACUAGCGAAAUAUUUUUACGUAAUUAAUGUAGCGUAAAGUAAUCUUAAAUGCAGGUUGUUUCAAUAAACUAUUUUUAAAAUGUGAAAUAAAGUAUUCAUUUU